AGGGUGGGGGAACUUAACUGAGAAUAACCAUUGCAGUCAUUUAAUUCAAUUACAAAAAUAUCCAGCCAAACAUUUCCAAAUGACCAGUUCUUGGUGUGACUCUGCCUGUUGGCCAAAUGAGGUGAAAAGAAGCGGAGGUCGCUUUAAGGCACUGGCUGGCGUUAGUUAUGAGCGGCGACCUUGCUCCACCCCCAGCCUCAAUGAUAUGCAGUGAAAAAUAUUUGCCUGCUAUCCAGGUCGGUCACCCAUAGGUGAAUACAAUUAAACCAUCCGGGAUAUAGCAAUCCAGCUACAAAGAAAAUGAAGAUCAAAGAAAGAAUUCAAUGGUCACAACAAGGUAGAGAGGGACAAAUCAGGGAGGUUUCACGGCAGUCGGGUCACGACCCAUGACCCGUACUAUUGCUACGCUACUCCAAAUGGAUUACACGCGAUGAACUGCAGUGGUCCAGAGCGGAGUGGAAGGCCAGCGAGAUCGCAUCCACCGUUGAUCUGUUGUGGUGUGGGUCAAUACUCAAGAAACGGGACGCUCUUCAUUUUGAUGGAAGUCAUAAUUAGAGUGUUCAUCUUUUGUCACUCAAGCGCACCUCCAAGAAGUGUUCCAAGACAAGCAAAUGAACUUGAAUAUGAAAAAUAGCAUGUAAUUGGCAAAUAAAUUUUGUUGACAGAAAUCCCUGGAAAAGAACAUUUUAUUUCCUUCUAAAUAGAAUCGUAAAUAUAAACUGAAAUUAAUAUAGCCAAUAAUACACUGAAGCGUUAAAGUUAAACAUUGAAAUAUAGACGCAGUGGGUGUCUUGCACCUCGUUUCUCAAAGACAAUUAUGGCAAAAAUAGGUCAACAAUGGUUAAAUCUACCUCAGGAUAUAUUGUUGGAAGUAUUUCGGUAUCUUUCAUUUGAGGAAAAGGCUAAUGUUCGUGCAACUUGCAAGUAUUUCCAUCAAUUGAUUGACCAUCCUACUCUGUGGCUGAACAAGACGGUUGUCCUAAAACGUUUACAAAGCUGUAACUCCUGUUUUUGGACAACACUCAGAAAAAGGAGAAUAAGAUGUCUGGUGAUUAAGGAAGCAACAUCAAAGCAAUUGCAGAAGAUGGUUAAUUUAAUUCCUAACUUGACAUCUGUUUCUAUGAAUGUGAAAAUGAACAUAGAAAGACUGCGUACCCUGAGACCACUGGCAAACUUGCAAAACCUGCAGCUGAGUAACAGUUCAUUAGUGCUAGACCAAGAGUUGCUGAGCGAAGUGGUUACCUUCAAACAAUUGACAACAUUGGUUUUAUGUUCUUCGUUAUUUGGCCGUAGCAGUUCGCUGUGCCUCCUUGCAGAUUUAAAAAAGUUGCAAUCUUUGACACUUCAUAUAAGGCAGAAGAACCCUCCUUUGUUAUCAUUUCAGUAUAUUUUGUUCCGGUUGCCAAAACUGAGAGAACUGUCAUUGAGUUCUGUGGACACUUGGGAGAAUUUAUCACUGUGUUUUACAGCACCAGAAAUUCGGACUUCUAAACAGCCAGAUGGUUUUGAGCCACCCUGCAUUUCACAGCUUCAGUUAGAGAGGCUGACUCUUCUCAAUAGCACAAAUGGUCCACUGUCUAGAAAAGCGCUCAACCAACUUCGGAAUGUCCGUAGCCUUUCUGUGAGUCUUACCAGGCCCUGCGUUUUAUUGAACACCAAUUUUGUGCAUAGCAUGCUGGACAACCUGCCAAAUAUUACUGAAUUAGAACUGUCCUGGAAUGGACCACUUGCUGAAUUUGUGAAAGUUUUACCUUUGGAGCUCACAAAAAUUGAUUUGAUAAAUGCAAGACUUUCGAAUGUCGAUGUCCAGCUUCUCUCUGAUUCUUCAGGAAAAAGCCUUAAACAUCUAAGCUUGGUCCUAUGCAAUGGUAUUACUGAAACAAUGUUAAAGCAACUGCCCAAGCAGUUUCCUUUCUUGCAGACCCUAGACCUAAGUGGUUAUAGAUUGUUGAAUCAAGAAAUUUUGUUUGGCUUGGUAGAGAUGCCAUUUCUCAAGGAAAUCGUAAUUUCGAACAAUCCACAUCUAACGGGCACAGUGAUGAAGCAAUUUCGGACUUUAACUGACAACAGAGUACACGUGACUCAGAAGAGCAAAAGAAAUUACAAUGGAUGUGAUUGCAUAUUUUAUUCACAGUUAUUGAGUUGAAUGAGAAUAUUUUUGGAUGAUGAAAACAUAAGCUUGAUUGAGCGCUGAUUAUAAAUGCUGCAUAGAAUAAGCAAGAUGUGACUGGUUUGACAACUUCUGGGUGCAAUUGAGGCAGAGGCCCAACAUUCACAGAAUUUCAAAUGGGGAAAAUGCCAAUUGAAGCAGAAGCAUAGAGUUCUCUAAUAUUUGAAUUAUUAUAAAACUUAUCUGUUAUCUGGUAUGCUAAAUUAGGUGCACACUUACAUUUUAUGUGCUUAAAAAAUAUAGAUCUCUUUCUGAUAUACAGCCCCAAGCGUAUUUUAGGAUCAUUUGUUUCUCAUAAGAAAUGCAAGUUUCAGAUUUUUACAAUGAUUUUCAUGUUUAUGAUUGCUCUUAAAGAAAAGGUGUCAUUGGAAUGUGUGGUGGGUAUGACUCUCAUAGUCAUAGAGUGUGGAAACGGGCCCUUCAGCCCAACUCGCCCACACCGACCAACAAUGUCCCAGUUACACUAAUCCCACGCCUGCGCUUGGUCCAUAUUCCUCCAAACUUGUCCUAUCCAUGUUCCUGUCUAACUGUUUCUUGAAUGAUGGGUUAGUCCCAGCCUCAACUACCUCCUCUGGCAGCUUGUUCCAUACGCCCACCACCGUUUGUGUGAAAAAGUACCCCUCGGAUUCCUAUUAAAUCUUUUCCCCUUCACCAUGAACCUAUGUCCUCUGGUCCUCGAUUCCCCUACUCUGGGCAAAAGACUACCUGAUCUAUUCCUCUAAUGAUCAAAGUAAUGAUUUGGGAAGAUGUAAAUACAAAUUCAGAACUUCAAUGGAACAAGUUAAGAUUCAAAUGGAUUUCAUCAUGUCUAUUGAAAGUGAAGUCCCACAUCACAAUUAGCGUCCAGCUCCAAUAAAGGAUAUUUUAAUGUUAAUGUUUGCAAUGUGCUUUGAAAAUCUAAUUUGAAAAGCAAUGUAUUGAGAGGGCAAUGAAAUAGUUUUACGGGGAAGUCUAUAAAUGAUAGAUUACCAUCAGCACUUCUGCAGCAAAAGAGGGUCAAACGCCCCUGACCAUUGUUUAUGUAUAGCGUUCCUGUGUUUGACAUAAACUGUAUUGCUAACAUUUUGUAGAGAAUAUUUGUAAAGAUAUUGGAAAAAUCCCUGAAAAUAGCAUAUUUGUUACAAGAAUAGCUGAGGUAUUUUCUAUGUACCACAAAGAACACAAUGAGAGACCAUAUCGAUUUUAUUAAAUAGUGUUUUUAAUAAAAUCCUGAAUUGUUUAUUAGAAUUCACACUUGUGCUGCAUCUAUUAUUUCUUUACCUUACAUUAAAAUAAUGGAUAGAUGGAGGAUUAAAUAUAGUUUGAGCUGUAUUGAUGACUUAUGGAAUGCCUUAAUGUUUCCCUGAACAUAAUUGGCCAGUAGCCAUUUGAAUGGAGCAGGUAAUUUCAUUCAGUGGUCCAUGUAAAUACAUUUUAAUAUUGUGACAUGGGUAUUCUGCAGAUAUAUCUGCAGGGAGUUUCAGGAUACAAACUUGUACAGUAGUACUUUUUGGUUUUGGAGUUCUUAAUGUCUCCAUUCAAUGUUUGUAAAAGCAUAGUUCAGAGGAUGUACAUAUGAAUGAAGGUUGGUCUGUUAAGUUUAUUGAGGCUGUUGGUCAUAUAGUAGUGCAUUUCAUAGGUUGAGGGCCAGGAAUAAAAUAACUGACAUAAUAAAUCCAUUUUUUCUUCUCCUGUUGCUUCUAUUAUUUGAGUGGAUACUUUCAAAGCCAAUAAGAAUACAUUUGUAAAUUUAGACAAUGAAAAAUGUCCUGCGUUGUUAAAUUUACCACACAAAUCAAAGUUUUUAUUCACCCCCAACUAAUGUUAACUUAAAAAUGGGUAUUCAUUAAAAAAUGUAUCUUUAAAAUUGUCAAGUCUACUACAAUCUGUGGCAUUUAACAACUGUCUUGAAUUGGUUUAAAGUAAAUAAUUUUACAAAAAAUAAUCUGAAUUCAUGCUGUUUUCUGUGUAUAUACCAUUCAUCCACAAGAGGGCAGGCAUAUCACUCUGUAUAAUCUGACACUGGCUUAAUAUUUUUUUGCAAAGUGACUUCUCCUUUGAUAUUGAGAUUCAGAAAUUGGUGAUUAGAUUGUAUCUAUGAAUUGAACCAUAAAACUAUGCUGGGCCAUUGUCACUCUGGGUCCUU